AUGGAUCUUUUAGAUGACUUGGAGCUCAGUCCUGUGAAAUCUAAGACAUUCAAGAAGAACAUAGAUUUGAAGGUGGACAAUGAUGUGGAAAAUAGUGAUGAAGAAUCUAAUGAGUUACCAACCUCAACUCCUGUGCUAAACGACAUUUCCAAUAAUAAACCUGACACUGAAGCAUCUAAACCAAAAGGUGUUCCAUCCAUUGCAAACUUAUUCGGCUCUUCAGUAUCCUUACUAGAUAGAGUGAAAAAGAGGCUUAAUGGUGAAAAAUUAGAUGAACCUGUACCAGAAUCUGAAAAACCAACACAAGAGAUCCAAACUCAGCUUAUUGAUAAAACACAAGAAACAACUACAUCAAAUACAACAUCAGAGGAGAAUCAAAGUACGCAAGAGAUUGAACCUCCAACUCAACAAAUCAAUAACUCACAUAUACAAGAAUCAACACAAGUUAUCCCAACGAGUGAAAGUCAAAAUCAAGAUUCCAUACUGUCAACUUCAAAGAUGGAUCAAACACAAAAUGUAGAUGAUAUUCCCUCAUCUCAAAUUACAAAAUCAUCAACAAAGUCACCAAGCUAUGAAAUAUCAAAAGAUGACAUCAAUGAUGUCUUUGCAGAAGAACAAGAUACACAAGUAGUUCUAAAUCAACAAACUGCUCCCGUCAACGAUCAACAUGAUGAUGAUGAAGAUGACGAAGAUGAAAUCAGACAGCCUACGCGCUCUAUUCCUAAUAUGUUUUCUGAUGAUGAUGAAGAGGAGGAAGAUUUACACACCAAAACUCAAGAAAAGAAGAAAAAUAAUAGCUUAUUUAUGGAUUCUGAAUCUGAAGAUGAUGAAGAUAACAAGUUGAAUGUUAAAGAAGAAGCACAUAAAGAAGAAGAUCUUGAUCCAACUCAAGCUAGACUCAAGAAAAUCGAACAAUUGGCUGCUAAGAAGCGUGCUGAAAGGCUCUUGCGUGAACAACAAGAACGUGAGAAAGAUCAAAAUGAUUUAACAACCUACAAACAACUUUCAGAUCCAGUCAAAGGUGAAUACGAUGAUGAUGAUGAAAAUGAAGGUGAUGUUUCAGUCUCUACUAUCAAGCCAAAAAGAACUAAAACCAAGAAAGAAUUAGAGGAAGAAGAACAAGAAAGAAGAAGACAAGCAAGAAGUGAACAAUUACAACAUGAAGAAAAAGUUGUUAAAAAGUUUGAUAAGAAUUCACUAUUAGCUGCCUUUGGUAUGGGAGAUAAUGUACCAUCUGAUAAUAUGUCAAGCCCACAGAAGCAUCAAUCUAGCCCUGCAACUUCACCAUUACAAGAAGAAGAAAAUGGUAAAGGACCAAUUGUCAAGACUGAAAAGAGUGGAAAUGUUGAACUAUCAGAUGAAUCAGAUGAUGAUGAUGAUUUCCAAGUUACUGAUUUUUUUAACGAAGAUAAGAUGAAGAAAAUGGAAGAAAAGGAAAAACCAAAAUUUGUCCUUCAAACACCUUUCAAUUUUAAUAAACAAGCCACUGAAGUUAUUGAAUUAGAUUCUGAUUCUGAUUCCGACAUUGAAGAAGCCACAUCAAAAGUUACAAGACUUGAAGUUAAAAGCAAAUUCAGUAAACAGACUAUGGGAAAACAAGCUCAAAAGAAAAAACAAGUAUCAAGAAAUCAAUUGAUUGCACAUCUUAGAGAAAAGGCAAGAAACCAAUUGAAAAAAGAUAAAACUGAUUUUGAAGAAGCUAAUAAAGAGAUCAUUGCUGAAGUUGCUCAAGAACAAGAUGCUGUUGAUAAACUUCUAGAUAAAUUCAUGGCAGCUGCUGAUCGUCAAAAGGAAAAGGAAAAAAUGAUCAAAGAACAAAGAAAAAGAGCUAAAGAAGCUGGUGUUGAAUUUAAUGACAAUGCUUACGAUGAUGAAAGCGAUUAUGCUGAAGUUCCUGACAGUGAUUUUGAUCAAAGUAUGGAUGAAAAUGAAAGUGAAGGUGACGAAGAUGCAGGUGAUGAAGAAGGAAGUGAUGAAGAUAAUGAAGCUGAUGAAGAACAAAAAGACAACAACGAAGAAGAAGAAGAAGCUGAUGGUGGUGAUGAUAAAGAUAGAGAAGCUACAGAAGCUGAAAUUAAACAACAUUUACUAGCUAAAAAGCAAAAUGAUUCAGCUGAAGCUACAAUCAACUGGGGUGACGAUUCACAAGAUUUUGGUGAUCUUGAGGGCCUAAAUGGUGGUGCAACUCAAAAACUUAAAAUGCUUGGUAUGGGUUUAACUCAAGCUUUUGAAACAGAGUCACCAAAAAUUGAUGGUAAAACAGUCAAUAUUUUUGAUCAAAUAAGAAAUAAAAAUAACCAUGUUAUUGGUGAAGAAGAUUCAUUCGUGGAAAGUUCAUUAAAAGAUAAAUCAUUUUCAUACUCAAUCAAUUCUCAAAAACCUCGUGAGCUCAACUUUGAUGAACCUGCUACCCAAUUAUCAGAAAUAAUGCCACCAACACAAGCUAUAUCAACUCAAAAAGAUUCUAUUGGUACCUUACAUGAUUCUGCACCACAGGAUUCUUUCCAAGCCACAGUCAAAGAUGAUUAUGGUGAUUUUGCUGAUGCUGAAGAUGAUGAAGAUGAUGAAGAUGAACUACCUGUCAAAAGACAUAGAAUUAAAAGAGUUGUCAAAGAUGAUACAAAAGAAUCUGAUGUUGAAGAUGAGAAGGAACAAGAUGCUUUUAAUGAAGAGGAAGAAGAUGAUGAUGAUGAAGAAGAAGAAGAAACUGAAGAAGAGAGAAGAAAAAGAGCUGAUGCUAUCAGGGCUGAGAUUCGUAGACGUGAAAAAGAACAAGAAGAUAGAAGAUUAGAAAUGAAGAAACAAGGCCUUGAUAAAAUUAUGGAAAAUGAAGCUGAAGAAUCUGAAGAUGAAUGGCAAGGUAUUGGUGGUAUUGAUGGUGAGAAAUUCGAUGAAGAAAAUUCUGAAGAUGAAAAAAUGUUGGAUGAUUACUCUAAAGUUAAUUUGAAUAAAGAAGAACUUGAUAAAUUCAUUGCUGAGCAAGAAAAUAUUAAAGAUAAAAAACUUCUUACAAAAGUUUUAAAAGAUGUUGAUGAACAUUUCAAGAGUAAAAAAGGUGAUAGAAGUCUUGAUAUUGAAGUUGAUGGUGAUGAUGAUGAAGUUAUUCAAAGAUAUAAUAGAUUAAGAAAUGAAAAAAUGAGACAAAGACUUUUAGAAAACAUGGAAGUUGCUAAAUUAUCAAAAGAUGCUAAAGCUAAAGCAUUUUUCCAAUCUAUUGCAGAAGAUUCACAAAAUCCAAUCAAUGAAAUAUUUGGUGGUAAUGAAACUGAUAGUGAUGCACAAUCUGAUUUAGAUAAUGAAGAAGAUGAUCCAUUCGUUGAAAAACAAGAAAUCACUAAAGAUCAAAUGCAAGAUCCAGAUAAUGCACCAAAGAAGAAGAAAACAAUAAAAAUCACUGAAGCUUAUGUUCAAAAAACAUUAUCAUUUUUGAAUGAUGAUGAAGAUGAUAAAAUUGAACAAAAUGCAGCUUUUGCAGCUCAUCAACAUGGGUUCUUGGAUGAUGAUGAUGAUUUUGGUGAUGAUUUACAUAGUUUAAAACAAAAAUCAAUCAUUAGAAUGCCUGAAACAACACCACAAAGAAAAUCUACUAUUGAUUUAACAAAUGAAGAAGAUCAAUCACCAACACAAUUUUUCAAGAUGCCAUCUAAGAUUAUGAAAUCAUUCCAAUCUAAUAGUAAUGAUUCAUUUAAGAAUAAAAAUGAAGUUACUGUUUCAACUGCUUAUAAAGCUGCUACUAGUUCAAAAGCUUCAAUUAUGUCAUUUGGUAAAACCAAAAAUACUGAAACUAAGCAACCUUCUAAAAGAGUAUCACAAUCACAAGACACUAGAGUUUUAAAAGCUCGUAAGAUUGAAAGAACAUUGAAGAAAGGUAACAAGUUGAAAAAAUUGAAUACAGAAGCUUUUGAAUAA